AGCAUACACAUGACGCUCUUGGAGUGGAGCUGCAGAAUACUCUGUGUUAUGCCAAAAGGGAGUCCGUCUUGGUAACUAUGAGUCCAUUGGUGAAUUUGAAUGUGAGGACAAAAUGGUCUGCUGAAGAAAUACUUUUUAUGCACAUUUUACAACAGUAGAACUUGUAUGGUGAGAAAAAGGUGCACAUCAAGCUGGAUCCUACAGUUUUACAGCAAGUGUUGGCGUUUUAACUACCAGGCUGUAGGGACGUCUUUUCCAAUGCUUACAAGGAACUGCUUAUCGCUGCUUCUUUGGUUCCUUUUUGAUGGAGGUCUUUUAACACCACUGCAUUCCCAGCAGCCGCCACAAACUUCAGCAUCCAAGCAAAAGGAAAAUGUUAUCAUCACAAUGUCGGGAAGGAGAUCAGCAGCACAAAGAGUUAAACGUGGUUGGGUAUGGAAUCAGUUCUUUGUGCUUGAAGAAUACAUGGGAUCUGAACCACAAUAUGUGGGAAAGCUUCACUCUGACGUGGACAAGGGCGUUGGAUCAGUGAAAUAUACCCUCUUAGGUGAUGGAGCUGGUACAAUUUUCACAAUUGAUGAUACUACAGGUGAUAUCCAUGCUAUUAGAAGUCUGGACAGAGAAGAAAAACCAUUCUAUACAUUACGUGCUCAAGCUGUGGAUAUAGUUACUGGAAAACCAGUGGAGCCAGAAUCUGAAUUCAUUAUCAAAGUUCAGGACAUUAACGAUAAUGAACCAAAGUUUUUGGAUGGCCCUUAUGUUGCCAGUGUUCCCGAAAUGUCUCCGGUUGGUGCCUAUGUACUUCAGGUUAAAGCAACUGAUGCAGAUGAUCCCACAUAUGGAAGCAGUGCCAGAGUGGUUUAUAGCAUUCUUCAGGGACAACCAUAUUUUUCUAUUGAUCCUAAGACAGGUGUGAUCAGGACAGCUUUACCAAACAUGGACCGAGAAGUCAAGGAACAAUACCAAGUACUUAUCCAAGCCAAGGACAUGGGAGGGCAACUAGGUGGUUUGGCAGGCACUACCACUGUCAAUAUAACACUUACUGAUGUCAAUGAUAAUCCACCUAGGUUUCCCAAAAGUAUAUUUCAUUUAAAAGUACCAGAGAAUUCACAAGUUAGGUCACCAAUUGGAAGAAUACGGGCAGUGGACCCUGAUUUUGGAAUAAAUGCAGAAAUUGAGUACAAUAUUGUUCCUGGAGAUGGUGGGAAUCUUUUUGAUAUCAUAACAGAUAAUGAUACACAGGAAGGGAUUUUAAUCCUAAAAAAGCCUCUGGAUUUUGAAACAAAAAAGGCCUAUACAUUUAAAGUUGAGGCUUCCAAUGUGCACCUGGAUCAUCAUUUUAAUUCAGUGGGACCUUUUAAAGACACAGCUACAGUAAAAAUAAAUGUUCUGGAUAUUGAUGAGCCUCCAUUGUUCAGCAAACCUUUCUAUAACAUGGAAGUAUAUGAGGACACGCCUGUGGGCACCAUCAUAGGAGCUGUUACAGCACAAGACCUAGACAUAGGAUCCAGUCCUGUUAGAUAUUAUAUUGAUGAUAAAAGUGAUAUGGACGACAAUUUUUCUGUUGACCCAACUGAGGGAACCAUCGCAACAAAAGAAUUACUGGAUCGGGAGAGCACUGCACAAUUUAACAUAUCAAUAAUUGCAAGUAAAAUUAGUAACCCACAAUUAACCAGUUCAGUCAAUGUCAUCAUACAUAUUCUAGAUGUCAAUGAAUUUGCCCCUGAGGUGACAAUACCAUAUGAAACAUCUGUAUGCGAAAGUGCCAAACCAGGACAGAUUAUCCAAAUUAUUGGUGCUGCUGACAGAGACAUGUCACCUACAGGGCAGAAAUUUUCCUUCAGACUGCCACCUGAUGGUUUGACAAAUCCCAAUUUCACCAUCCAUGACUUUAAAAAUAACUCAGCUGGUAUAGAAGCACAGAGACAUGGGUACAGUCGCAGAGAUAAAGAGUUCUAUCUCCUUCCAGUAGUAGUAGAGGACAGCAGUUACCCCAUCCAAAGCAGUACAAGCACAUUAACUAUUAGAGUAUGCAGAUGUAACUCAAGAGGGACCGUCCUCUCCUGUAAUGUGGAAGCUAUUUUUUUACCUGUUGGUUUAAGCACUGGUGCUUUGAUAGCCAUUUUGCUGUGCAUUAUUAUACUUUUAGUUAUAGUGGUACUUUAUGUAGCAUUAAGAAGACAGAAAAAGAAAGAUGCUCUGAUGACUUCGAAAGAAGAUAUAAGAGAUAAUGUAAUUCAUUAUGAUGACGAAGGAGGUGGGGAAGAAGACACUCAGGCCUUUGACAUUGGGGCUCUAAGAAAUCCAAAGGUAAUUGAAGACAAUAAGGGACGCAGAGACAUAAAGCCUGAACCUUUGUGUUUGCCUCGUCAUAAACCACCAGCGGAAUACAAUAGUGACAUCAGAGAUUUCAUCAAUGAAAGGCUGCAGGAGCAUGAUGUUGAUCCAAAUGCUCCACCAUAUGACUCACUAGCAACAUAUGCCUAUGAAGGCUCUGGAUCAGUAGCUGAAUCAUUGAGCACCAUAGAGUCACCUAGUAUGGAAACAGAUCAGGAUUAUGAUUUUUUAAGUGACUGGGGCCCUCGAUUUAAAAGCUUGGCAGAAAUGUUUGGAGAAGAAACUUUCAACAAAGAGAAAAUCACUUAA